AUGGAUUUACGAAACGAGACUAAUAGAUAUCGUGUAAUAUUGUUGCCAUGGUUAGCCUAUAGUCACAUAUCGCGAUUCCUUGCCUUUGCCAAAGGACUCGCGAGCCACAAUUACUUCGAUAUUUACUUGUGUUCAAGCCAAAUCAAUCUCCAAAUCAUCAAACAAAAUCUUCCUGAUAAAUACUCCCAAUCCAUAAAACUUGUGGAAUUUAACCUUCCCUCCUCAACUAGUCUCCCUCUUCACUACCAUACCACCAAUGGCCUCCCACCCCACCUUUUGGAUACCUUAACAACUGAUUAUGCAAAAUCAUUUCCAGAUUUUAAAAUCGUAAUUCAAAAUAUCCGCCCUCGGCUACUCAUAUAUGAUUACAAUCAGUUCUGGGCAGCAGACGCAGCUACGUCUAUGAAUAUCCCUAGUGUUAUGUUCUUGAGCGGAUGUGUACCAUUUUACUCUAGGGCUGCUCAUUUGGCCAUCAAACAAUCAGAUGUAAAGUACCCUUUUCCUGAAAUUUAUAAGAAAGAUCAUGAAAUUGCACACAUAAAAGCGAUCGGUAGAGUAUAUAGACCUCCAGUGGGAGAGUCUCAUCCCUUUUUUGAAUGCAUGAAUAGGUCACGUGACAUCAUCUUGGUUAGAAGUACGCGAGAGCUAGCAGGAAAAUAUAUCGAUUACAUGUCUCAAAUUAUUGGAAAGAAAGUAUUGCCUGUUGGUCCAUUAGUUGAAGAAAACUCAAUAAAACAUGUCAAUGAACAUGUUGAGCUUUUUCAAUGGCUUGAUAAGAAGGAAGACUCUUCAGUUGUUUUCGUAUCUUUUGGAAGUGAAUAUUUCUUAUCUGAUAAUGAUAUAGAAGAUAUAGCCCAUGGUUUAGAGCUUAGCCAAGUAAAUUUCAUAUGGGUCAUAAGGUCUCCUGUGGGUGUAAAAACUAGUGUUGAACAAGUACUUCCUCAUGGGUUUCUUGAAAGGUUAGGAGAUAGGGGUAUUGUUACAGACAAAUGGUUACCACAGGCCAAGAUAUUGAGCCAUUCGAGUACAGGAGGAUUCAUUAGUCAUUGUGGAUGGGGUUCUGUUAUGGAAAGCAUUUACUAUGGUGUUCCAGUUAUAGCGAUGCCGAUGCAAUUUGACCAGCCAUACAAUGCGAGGCUUGUCGAAAAUUUGGAGGUUGGUAUGGAUGUCAGUAGAGGUGGAGAUGGAAGAUUGAAGAGGGACGAGAUGGCAAAGGUGUUGAGGAAGAUGGUGGUAGAGGAUAGUGGUGCGAGCAUAAGAAAUAAUGUUAUGAAGUUGGGAGAGAUUAUGAGGAAGAAAAUGGAUGAAGGUGUUGAUAAAGAGGUCAUUGAGAAUUUGGUCAAGCUUUGUGAAUCGAAGAAUUGAAAUUUUUUUUUUUUUUACUUAAUUGAGAGUUCUUUAUACAUUUGUAGUUACGAAUAGGAAUGAUGUAUAUUUCCUCUUUUAAUCUCUUUUAAUAUGUGGGGUGUAUUUACUCUUAUACAAACCAAAGCAAAAUAAAGUAUUGAAGACGAUGUUAAUCUGGAACUUUUUUUUUAAA